AUGCUCCUGAGGCCACGAAGUCAUGUAAGUUUUUUCUAAAGAUUCAUCGAAGAUGUAGAAAUUCCAGUCCAAGGCGGUCGUUUCAUUGCCAAAAGUUCUUCGAUGUGAAAAGGUGGCUCCCGUUCUUUGGGAGGAUAAGAAGCUCUCGAACCCAUGGCGUAUGUUUUCAAAUGUGCUUCCGACCAUUUUUAUCUUUUUCCAGGUCCAUGAAAACUUCGAGUGAGUCGAUGGACUCAAAUUCAUUUGGCACAUUUGAUCCACGAAAUGGUGGUCAACGAAGAAAGACUGGCGAGAUCCUUGAGGUAGGGUUUUAAAUCAGAUCGUUAUUUUGCAUUUUUCAAGUAGUCUCUUCUAAAAUUGAAAAAAAAAUAAAGUUCUCUGAACACUCUUAGGCUCUAAAAGGUCUUUCUAGUGAACUCGCUUUUCCCAAUUUUCGAUAGUUUUGAAGAACGUCGGUCAAUUGGAUCAAUAACUUCUUUUAAUUUCUUUUUUGGUCAGAACUGAUUAUUAGAGUUUUCUGACCAAGUUGUAAUUUUUCAACUCCAUCAACUGAACCUGGAGUCAUGAAAAAAGCGAAAAAUUGGUCGAAAAUAGAACUGACAAAGGAAAUGCAGGUCGAGUCCCGGAGUUCAGGACCUUGUUCAUGACAAAGGCUCCUGAUUGUCCGGCCACUCGACAGAUUUCGCCAGUUGUUGGGAAGGUGCAUGAGAAGAAGUUUUUCGUGGAUCCGAGAGGUUUUUUCAUAGUUUUUAAAAAAAAUAUAAAGGUUCCCUUUUAGCGCCUUUUCGCGUCGAUAAUCCGAUCUUUUUGGGAAGUUUCGGGCUUUCCCUUCAGUAG